ACAUUUGUUUUUAAACGACAUAACCUAAUAUUUAGAUAGAUGUAAAUAGACGAAUGAUGAAAUAAAUUAUGCCAUUUUUAUUAAUUUAAAAACAUUUAUUUUAAAUACUCAGCAAAAAAAAAAGGGCAAAAACAACAAUGGCAACUCUAUCAUAUUUAUUACCAGCAUUACGUAAAUUAACACCGAAUCAUAUACGAUUAUUUUCGACAAAGUUAGAAAAUAUAAUAAUUAGUGAUAGUUGUGUACGGCAAUUAAAAAAACUACAAAAUGAUCCAGACUGUGCAAAAUAUUUACGAGUUGCUGUCGAUGGUGGAGGCUGUUCUGGAUUCCAAUAUAAAUUCGAAUUGGAUAAUAAUAUCAGUAAUGAAGAUAUAGUAAUUGAAAAAGAAGGUGUAUCGAUAGUUAUCGAUAAUACAACCUUAGGUUUUAUCAAAGGAUCAACCCUUGAAUAUCAUGAAGAAUUAAUAAAAUCAGCUUUUAGAAUAAUUAAUAACCCUCAAGCGGAAGAAGGUUGUUCGUGUGGAGCAUCAUUUGCCGUCAAGUAAAAUGUAAUAGUCAGAAUUUAACUCUGGUUAAGGAAUCCGAUCCAUUUUAAUGAGACUGAAUCCGAAAAUUUUGAAAAUUAAUUGUAUAUGGAGAAAAUAUUUUAAAAUAAAAAGAAAAUUUUGACCACACUUCGGAUUGAAUCGGAUUCUUCAACCAGCGAUUUGAUAUUUUUAAAUAAUUUAUAAUAUUUAUU